AAUGUUAUCAAUGAAUAUCAGUAUUUAAAUACCGGUAUUAAUGGUAUAACUGUAUGACUAGUGAUGUGUUUGUCAUAGACUUUGUAUGCAAUGGUUUGUCAAAAGGGGUCUCCAUUUGAAUGUAUUGUUUGUCGUAAUAUAUGAUUGAAAAUGAGUUGUCGUUUGUUUCGACAUAUCCUCCGCUGAAUUGUUGUAUUACUUAUCGAGUGAUUCACUCAAUAGUUUAACACUCACUUCAAGUGUUUUAAUCACCGAUUUGUGAUGAAUAGGUUAUCGAUGAUCGACAUGUAAAUCGGUUGAUCAAUUGAUGACCAUUGGCUCAAAUCGUGAACCAUAUAUAUAUAUAUAUAUUGUCCAUAUAAUUGUAAUAAUAGGAUAAUUGUGACAAAAUCGUGAUAUCCAUGUCUGAAGUUCACAGCUUCGGCAUCGAUGCCAUUCCGUGUCAUGCAUUUAAUGCCCAAAGAAAUAAAGUAGCCCUCUCUCCCAACAAUAAUGAAGUCCAUAUUUAUCAAAAAGAGGGAUCAAAGUGGACGUUAAAUCAAACACUGGUUGGCCAUGACUUAAGGAUAACAAGUAUUGAUUGGGCACCAAAUAGUAACCGAAUAGUGACCUGUUCUGCGGACCGAAACGCUUAUGUCUGGUCUGUAAUUGACGGCAAUUGGAAGCCAACAUUAGUAUUGUUGCGAAUUAAUAGAGCGGCCACUUGUGUGCGGUGGUCACCAAAAGAGGACAAGUUUGCAGUGGGAAGCGGUGCUAAACUUAUAUCGAUUUGUUAUUUUGAAGAGUCAAACGACUGGUGGGUUUCCAAACAUAUCAAAAAACCUAUUCGUUCAACAGUUACUUCAGUUGAUUGGCAUAUAAACAACCAAUUGCUUGCCUGCGGCUCAACUGAUUUUAAGGCCAGAAUAUUUUCCGGUUUUAUUAAAGAAGUGGACAAAAGAGAAGGCGAACCGACACCAUGGGGUGGAAAGUGUGCCACCGGUUCCCUAAUUGCCGAGUUUUCGGGUGGAGGAGGUGGAUGGGUUCAUAACGUGAGUUUUUCUCCCGAUGGCAAUCGUCUUGCGUGGGUAUCUCAUGACAGUAGUAUAUCUGUGGCCGACGCCAAUAGAGGUAUGUCUAUCUCGACAUUUAAAACACGAUAUUUGCCUUAUUUGACGUGUGUGUGGACGACAUCCGACUUGAUUAUUGCUGCCGGUCACGACUGCUGUCCAAUGCUUUUUAAGUAUGAUAUGAGUAAAGCUGAACUCCAAUAUGUCGACAAAGUGGACAAAUCUCUUAAGAAAGAAGUGGAUGGGUUUAGUGCUAUGAGAAAGUUUAGAGAUAUGGAUAAGAGAGCCAUUGCUGAUAAUAAUGUCAGUGACACCCAAUUGGAUACAAUCCAUCAAAACACUAUUACAGAGAUUAGACUUUACAGUGGGUCUAAGUCAGCGACCGACAAGAUUUCUACCAUUAGUGUCGAUGGACAGAUGGUUAUCUGGGAUUUAAAGUCUUUAGAAGCAUCUUUAAAAGGUCUUAGAAUUGUGUGAUUUAAGAGAUUUAUUAAUUUAAUAUUUAUGUUAAAAAUCCUUCAUUACUUGUCAAACAAAUCAUCAAAACAAACAAAAACACAUGAGUUGUUAUACAAAACUGAUAAAUUAAAUUCAUUUUAUUUGGUUUUAUCGCUGAAAACAUUUGAUUUAAGAAAAAAGUAGUGAAUUUCAUGAACACUUUGGCAAUUAAAUUGUGAAAUUCAUAUAUAAUAUUAAGAAAAAUGAAGGAACGUUUCGUAUUUUUUUAUUACCACUUCUCUCAAUUGUGCUGAUGGCCAGUGGCUACCAUUGCUUCCACUACUAAAUUAACGCAAAACCAAAUCAUCGCAAUAAUAAUAAUAAUCAUAUACUUAGCGGAUAAAUAAUGAUUGAAAUAAUUGUCAACCAUUUGCACUAUCUGUUUGUGCCUUUAAAAUUUUAUGACUAUUUGACAAAUUGCUCACAAAAAUUGUUUGACAUUUCGGCUCAACAUUUUUGAGACGAUAUGCCUGUAAAACGACUUGUGGAGAGAUCGUGUAAAUUGGUUUGAAAUUUUAAAAAACGUGAAAUAAUUAAUUUUAACUAAUUUAUUAUUGAAUGUUAUAAAAAUUUAGUAAAACAAUUGUAUUAUAAAAAUUUAAAUUAUAGAAAAAUUAAUGAUUUUUAUGUGAAAUUAACGAAUACAGAUAAAUGAGUUUAAUUAUAUAUUAAAAAAAUCACACAUUUUACA